UAGUAAUUAUGUUUUUAAAUUCUCUCAGUUUGAAAUAGAUUUUUCAACAAAUUGUAGAAAAAUUCACCUAAUUUUAGCGUUAACAUUUUUUAUUUACAAAACAAGAAAUUCCUAUCACGCAUGUCUCAACCCGUCUCAACUUUCCCAGUCUAUGUCACUCUAUAUUCUCAGAUGUUUCUCGUAUGGUUGUUGUCAACAGUCCUCAGUUUUUCAGUUUUUUUUUUCGUUUUGCUGUUUGAAGUUGAUGAAUAGGCGAUUAUUGAGUAUCUAAACGAAAAUGUUUAAUUCUUUCUUCUUCCUGAAGUAUUUAUAAAUUCGACAUUAUCGACAAAAUUGAUUUAAAGUUUGGAAUGGCUGAACUAACAUUAAAAUUACUUGGAUCAUCUGAUUUUAAUCCAGAAAAAUAUGUUAGAGAGCUUUCACAAAAUUGUGUUGGUGGGCAAGAGCUAGUUCGUUUGAGAGCAAAAAUUUAUAAUUUGUCUGAAGAUACCAACAACACAUUAAAGAAAAAUGUUUAUCAGAAUUAUAUGCAAUUCAUUGAUACCGCCAAGGAAAUAUCCCACUUGGAAAGUGAAAUGUAUCAACUUUCUCAUUUAUUAUCAGAGCAUAAAAACUUACUAAAUUCAGUAUCUUCAGUAUCAAUAUUAGAUGAUAAUGUGCAAUUACGUUCUGAACAAGAUUUUAAUGCAAAAGAUGAGAAUGAAGAGCAAACAACUAAUAAGCAGAAAAUUUCUACAAUUAUAGAAAAAGUGGAAGGAUGUGUGAACUUUUCGGAAGAAUCUACUCCUCUCUUUUUACAUGAUGAUGAUAUUUUGGAAAUUGAUUCUAUUGAAAGUACUCCACUGAGAAGGAUACAUGCUUAUUUGUUUUCAGAAGGAUUGAUGAUAACAACUUGGAAUGCAAAUAGGAGAGGUCCAAUGCGUUACAAGUUUGAAACAUUUUAUGAAAUUGGUUCCCUUGCAGUGGUUAAUGUGAGAGAUUUAGGAACUGUAAAGCAUGCCUUCAAGCUGUUAGCUUUUCCAGAUACAAGGGUUUUUCAGUGUACAUCUAAUGCGGCCAAGAAAGAGUGGCUUGACAAAUUUGAUCAAGCAAAAAAAUCUCGUUUAACACAAAAUCAAGUUAGAAAAGAUCUUACUUCUGAGCGGUCCCCUGCAAAAACAGUUGUUGAUGAAGUUGAAGAAGAAAUUAAGACCCAUCCUGAAUGGAUAUUGGAAUCGUCUGAUGAAUUAGAAGUUCACAUAGCUCAAAGACACUUUGAAGAAGCUUUAAAUUUAUUGCACAAAGCAAAGGAUUACUUGAAUCAAUACAUACUUCCAAAUAAUCAAUCUGAUCCUGUUUUAAUGGACAUAAAAUGGAAGGUUGAACAAAAAGAAAUCGCAUUAACAGAAGUUUUAAUGAAGGAAUUAGAAUUGAAGCCAGAUAAAUCUUUGCAAGGGGGUUUACGAGCUUCCCGUAGAGCCGUACGAUUAUUAAAUAAAUUAGGUAGAUCAGUCCAGGCAUGUGAAUUACUGUUGAAAUUAUGCAGCAGCAUUAUGAAAAUUCAAUGUAAAAGAGUGAAACGAGAAGGAUCUGCUGCAGUGUAUGUCAGACAUUUAUCAAGUGUUGUAUUUACAAACAUGUGUCAUAUGACAGAAGAAUUUUUACAAGCUUUUCCUAAUUCUCCAGGCUGCACUUCAGCGUUUGUUGUUUGGACAAGUAAGGAAUUAAGUGUUUUUACAAAUCAUUUUGUAAAACAAGUUUUUAUUAGUCAAACCUCAUUAUCUACAUUAACAGAGUGUGUAAUCCUAGCUCGAGAUCAAUGUGCUAGACUGUGUGACUAUGGAAUUGAUUUAUGUUAUCAAUUAGAUGGUACAUUAAGAACGCCUAUUACAAAAGCUUUGCAUGAAACUAGAGACAAAAUGAUUGAAGCCAUAAAAAUAAAAGCUUCAGAAGACAGAUGGAUUCCAACAAAUUAUAGGUCAAAAUUCGGAUUAUCUCGUUGUUUACAAGAGCAUGCCAAAAUAGGUUUACCUUUGGAAGACUAUGUUAUCGGUGACUGCUGGCUACAGUUAACAAGUAAUACCUUAGCUUUUAGUAAAUUAUAUUUAAAUUUACUAGAGGACUGUUUACAAUUACAAAAUUCCGAACUUACGCACACAAUUGACUCGGUUUUGUUCGAUGUUUUUCAAGCUCAAAUAAGAUAUACAGAGCAAACGUUUCGUAAUGAAACACAAAAUGAGCAAAAGCAAUUUAUAGUAAAGAAUGCGAAAUUUCUUCUUGUGAAUGUUCUAAAUUUAUCACAGAAAAAAUACAUGGCCGUUUAUGGCUUCCAGAGCUCUUUAUUAAAGGAAUUAGUUAAAGAACAUAGUGCUUUAUUACAUGGAGUAACACCUACCACUAGGCAAGUUACAAAGUAUUCUUCUAAUGAAUAUCUUUAAUUUUAAGUUGUUUUUUAUAUGCGUGUAUGU